GGGACUGAUCAUGAUGAAUGGAUGGUACUCUCUGUUCAUUUUCCCCAUUGUAGUCAUCGUUUGCCUUGAUCAACAUUUGCCUCCGCAUACAGUAAAUGUGGCACUUAACAUGACUGCAACACAACAUGGGGAAUUCAAUGAUACUCACUGGUGCAACAAGGACCUAGGUCAGGUAUGUGGUAACAAACCCGCAAACCUGGCUGUAGACGGGAACACAGAAAGAAAUUUCUGGAGCGGUUCCUGUGCUCACCCCGAUGAAGUAUCCACACCCUGGUGGCAGGUGGACCUGGGUCAGAUGUACAACAUCUCCUGGAUCAGGAUCUACACCAGGGCACAGAGUGAAGUCUAUAUGGACUCAACGAUAGUAACAGUGGGGAACACGAACUGUUAUAAACAUAUUCCAGGGACAGAUGUGGCACCGGUGAUGAACAUCAGAUGUGACAAUGUGACGAAAGGCCAAACAGUUAACAUCAGUCUUGCAUCUGGUGAAAAGAUGAGUCUGUGUGAAGUGCAAGUACUGAUGUGUGAGGACCAUUGGUUCGGCGUCAACUGCACCAACCAGUGCCAUUGUGUGAACAACGCCACCUGUGACAAGACCACCGGAUACUGCAACAGCGGAUGUGUGGCUGGAUUUACAGGAAAUGACUGUCUGACAGAGUGUGAUGACUAUACGUUUGGGAGCAACUGUGCUGAGAAGUGUCACUGUAAGGGCAACACUACAUGUAACAAGACAACAGGCUUCUGUCAGGGCGGAUGUGCGCCAGGAUGGACGAAGGCCGACUGUCAGACAGAGUGCAGUAACAACACGUUUGGACUCAACUGUAGACAGAAGUGUCACUGUCUGAACAACACGACAUGUAACAAGACAUCAGGCUACUGUCAGAGUGGGUGUGCAGCAGGAUGGAAGAGAGGCAACUGUCAGACAGAGUGCCCUGACUUCACGUUCGGUUAUAAGUGUUCCCACCAGUGUCACUGCCAGAACAACGCUACAUGUAACAAGACAACAGGCUACUGUCAGCGAGGAUGUGCGGCAGGAUGGAAGGGCGAUGCCUGCCAAACAGAGUGCACCAACAACACCUUUGGUGUCAAUUGUUCACAACGGUGUCACUGUAAGGACAACGUCAUGUGUGACAAAACAUCUGGCAUCUGUCAGGGUGGAUGUGCUCCUGGAUGGAUGGAGCACAACUGUCAGACAGAGUGUAACAACUACACGUUUGGUGUCAACUGUUCCGAACAGUGUCACUGCCAGGACAACGAUACAUGUAACAAGACAACAGGCUACUGUCAGAGUGGGUGUGAGGCAGGAUGGAAGGGCGAUGACUGCCAGACAGAGUGUGGUGACUACACGUUUGGGAUCAACUGUGCUGAGAAGUGUCACUGUAAGGACAACACCAUAUGUAACAAGACAACAGGCUACUGUCAGGGCGGAUGUGCGGCGGGGUGGAAGGGAGGCGACUGUCAGACAGAAUGCAGUAGCAACACGUAUGGACUCAACUGUACACAGACGUGUCACUGUGAGGACAACACCAAGUGUAACAAGACAACAGGUUUCUGCCAGGGCGAUUGUGCAUCAGGAUGGAAGGGCGAUGACUGCCAGACAGCGUGCAGUAACUCCACAUAUGGCACCAAAUGUAAGAAGACAUGCCACUGUAAGACCAGUGGAGUUUGUGAAAAGACGACAGGACAUUGUGAGGGCGGAUGUGCAGAUGGGUGGACAGGAGAGAGCUGUCACGAACCUGAGUCAGCUCUUAACAUAGCAGUGAUAGGUGGGGGUGUCGGAGGAGCAAUAGUCAUUCUGGUAGUGAUUGCAGGAGUUAUUAUUUACAGAAAACGAAAUCGAAGCUCUGAGGAUAAUAUUUCCGACAAGAGGGAAGAUGAUGCAGUUCCUAUGUCUGAGACGAGAGCAAAAUCACAAGCAGAUCCACACGAGGAUGACCAUGGGCCAGUAUAUUCCAACGUCCGGUCUCGGUCGGUUCGUGUCACAGAACUUCAACAGUACAUUCGUGAACGAUAUGGGAUGAAGAACGGAUUUAUGAACGAAUACAACAUGUUCCCAUCCGGAAAUCAACAUCCCUGCGAUAUAAGCAAAGGUUCAGGAAACAAGGGAAAGAACAGAUUCAUCGGAAUAUACCCUUAUGACCAUUCCAGAGUGUUACUGAAGAAACUCCCAGGGAAGGACCACUCCGACUACAUCAAUGCCAACUAUUUGCAUGGUUACAGCAGGAAGAACGCAUAUAUUGCAACUCAAGGUCCUAACUCUGUCACACUUCCUGACUUCUGGCGGAUGAUGUACGAACACAACAUCAAGCAAAUUGUCAUGCUGACCAACGUGUACGAAACAGCAAAGAAAAAAUGUGAAGAAUACUGGCCUGAAGCUGGAGAACGUAAACAGUUUGGGAACAUCCUUGUCGUGAACAACGGGGAAACAGCACGUGCCGACUGGGUCAUCAGAAACAUGCAACUCAAAGAUAAGAAGACAGGAGAGAUAAAGACAGUAACCCAAUACCACUUCGUCACAUGGCCUGAUCAUGGCGUUCCGUCAGCUCCCGCCAUUACAGCCUUCUGGAAGAAAGUAUGUGAUGAUGGACGUAGCAAUGACUUGCCAAUGGUCGUCCAUUGCAGCGCUGGUAUCGGACGCACAGGGACGUUCAUUGGACUGGACUUCCUGUUCGACCAAGCUAGGACUGAGGGUCGGGUCGACUUCUUCCAGUGUAUACAACAGAUGAGGGACAAUAGAAUCAACAUGAUCCAGACAGCAGAGCAGUACCGAUUCCUACAUGAAGCUGUGUUUGAAGCCACACAGAGCGAUUCCUCAUUCUACACAGUGGAUACAUUUGAAAGGACUUUCCAGACCUUUGAAUCUGCUGACAAGGAAAAUGAGCUUAUCAUUAAGGAAAUGAACUCACUGAUUGAGCUGCAACGGACACCUGGUGAAAAGGAGAUCACGGCAGCCACGUUACCGGCAAAUGGAUCGAAGAACAGAUCACAAGCAAUCAUCCCCGCUGACAGACACAGGGUGAUGUUAUCGUCAGAGGCUCCGGGCACCAAUGACUACAUCAAUGCUCUGUCUCUACCGUUCUUCGCCAACAAGGGCGAGUUUCUGGUGACCCAGAUGCCACUGAAGAAGACAGUGGUAGACUUUUGGAGGAUGGUAGUCGAGAGAGGCUGUAACCUUAUCGUGGCGCUUGAUACACCAGACAGUGUGUCAUCAGAGCAGGAUGUUGGUGUCUACUUACCGAAGGGUAAUGAGCCAGUCACCUGCUCUCCAUUUAUCGUUCUUCACGAUGGAGUUAAUACCCCGUGUGAAGGUGUAACAGAGACUUUCCUCACAGUUAAGAGAGAAAGCAUUUAUGCAAACGAGGAUAUCACGUCUGUGAGUCUGCUGAUGUUCAAUGACUGGCCAAGAAGCCAGGAAAUCCCGACUAAUAAACUGAGUGUCAUCAGGUUCAUCAACACUAUUGACCAGAGGAUGAUGAAAUCACCAAAGAAGCCUGUGGUAGUUCAUUGCUUUGAUGGGGCAACUCGGAGCGGUUUGAUCUGCAGUCUCAUUAACAUCAUGAGUCGUCUCAAGUUGGACAAAGAAAUCGACAUCCAUCUGUCUGUGAGGGAACUGAAGCAACAUAGGCACCAGUUUAUACCUAGUUCAGCCCAACUGAGAUUCUGCUUUGAAAUAGUCCAAGCUUACCUGAACACUAAUCGUAUAUCAAGGCACCAGUGAAACAAAUCAAAUUUUACUACCUACGAUGUACCUGCCGUGGACAAUCAAACUCUCCUCCAGACAAGGGGCAGAUUCCAGGUAUCGUCGACGUACCUACGACACUGACAGUCAAAUCAUCCUGCUCUAGACAAGGGGCAGAUAACUUUUGAGACGAAGGUCAACAGUUAAAACAAAAGGAUACUGAUCACCAUUAACGUAUAUUACUGACAAAACAAAGAAAGCAUGUUCUAGUCUAUGUAACAACCAGACAACAAUGCGUAAUCAGACAAUCGACCAACAUCCAACAGACGAAACUGAUCUGUUAACUGGCACUCAUUUCUGUGGUAUGACUGUUACGUCCUGUCAUACACCAUUAUGGCUCUCGGUAUGAACGUUGCUGAAAUCGGUAACUGCAACGAAAUGAUAAUAUUAUUAUUCUUUAUUCUUAGAUUACAUGUUUAAUUUGGAAAUAUAUAACUUCAACGUCAUGUAUCGCGUUUUGUAUAAGGUGCCCUCAACACAGCAACACAAACUAUUACAGUAUACGAUAUAUUCAAUCACCUGCAGCUUACACUGUCUGGUACUCGAAAACAGCCCAAAUGGCACUGUUAUAGUUAUUCUCCUUACAAUUGUGACAGCAAGUACAGAUAGUAUAUUAUGUACAUAUCAGGUCUAUUUUACCAUGCUGGAGGGACAAUGUGGUGGCCAAGUAAAGGCAUUCGCUCAACACGGAUCCGAUUACCAAUAUGGGUUCCAAAGACAGAAAAGAACUGUGGUGUCCCCGCUCGUGAAUAUUGAAUUCUGAAAUUCUGAUGAAAACGGUGUAAAAUGAAAGCUUCUCACUAUACACUUGAGCACUUUAAGCUAUAUCAAGUCUACAUCAUGUAUCUAUCUGGUGUAAUCAACGUUAUUCGUCAUGUGUAAAGACGUUAUAUAGAAAUCAGUAUUUCAGAAACCAGUCUCAAUAUUUAGUCAAUGCUGGUAAUUCAUCCUGGAAGUCAAUCAAAUCUACCAUAUUUUUUGCUAAUAUAUUCCGUAUUUAAAUAGUUUCUGAUGUUGCAAUGCUACAUAACUCUUUCUGUUCGAAAUCGAAAUGUGUGCUUCAUUGGCUUAGUAUGCGCUUCUGAGUUUGUGCAGGAGAGUGGCCUCCCUUGACAAAUGGGAAGAGGCCUCGUUUACACUGACAAGAACACAGUACUGAACCACAAAGGUAUUAAUGGUAACGUGCAUGUUGCCACAGAAAAAAGAAACAAACCCACUUUGUAUUUUCCUGCAAAUAAACUCCUGGAUAACUCUC